UGGUGUGUGUGCUGCAUGCAUGGCAACGAAAAUACAAACUGAUCUGUUAUGUUAGCUAUCAAGGGAGCUUCUUAAUGACAACCAGCAAAUAAAACAUUUUGACAUCUGAGAAAAUGUCAGCCCGUGCGGGAAAGUAACGGACACGCACACUAUGAAAAGCCAGCGACGUUUGGGAUAUUUGCUUUGAGUCCGUCUUUUGAUUUAAAACGAGGUACAAGUGAAAAGACUCCUUCUUACUUUGGGGACAGUACAGUGGAAACACUUUCUCCAGCAGAUUCAGAAAAUGUUACAGAAAUGAUAGCAGCGCAGGAUUUGCAAACAGAUUUCCAGCUUCCACAAGAGGCAGAAUCUCAGUUGUCUCCAGAUACUGACCUUGAGGAUCCAGACAGCAAAAAUGCCAAGACCGGAAAAGGCGUGGCAGUCAAGAAAGGAAAGAAGGUGUUUGGAGAUAAAACCAAAGUUGGAGGAGUGGGAAAGCUCCCUGGUAUUGGCUGGGUGAAUGGACAUCAUCAGGAAAAUGGGAUGGAGACGAUGUCCCUGUUUGAGGUGGUUAAGCUGGGGAAGAGUGCCACACAGUCUGUUGUUGAUGACUGGAUUGAGGCCUACAAAAAUGACAGAGACGUAGCUCUCUUGGACUUGAUCAACUUCUUCAUUCAGUGCUCUGGAUGUAAAGGUGCUGUGAGUGCAGAGAUGUUCAGACAUAUGCAAAACUCUGAGAUCAUCCGAAGGAUGACAGAAGAGUUUGAUGAGGACAGUGGUGACUAUCCAUUAACUCUGUCAGGGCCACAGUGGAAGAAAUUCAGAAUAAGCUUUUGUGACUUCAUUGCUGUUCUGGUGCGUCAGUGUCAGUACAGCAUCAUUUACGAUGAAUACAUGAUGGACACCAUCAUCUCACUGCUCACUGGCCUGUCUGACUCACAGGUCAGAGCGUUCAGACAUACGAGCACAUUAGCAGCUAUGAAGUUGAUGACGGCGCUGGUAAAUGUCGCUUUGAACCUAAGUAUUAACAUGGACAACACACAGAGGCAGUAUGAAGCUGAGAGGAACAAGGUCAUUGGAAAAAGGGCCAAUGAUAGGUUGGAGCUCCUGUUACAAAAGCGUAAAGAGCUUCAAGAAAAUCAAGAUGAAAUUGAAAACAUGAUGAAUGCAAUUUUCAAAGGAGUAUUUGUUCACAGAUAUCGUGAUGCCAUUGCUGAAAUCCGAGCUAGCUGCAUUGAGGAGAUCGGGGUGUGGAUGAAGUUGUACAGUGAUGCUUUCCUCAAUGACAGCUAUCUGAAGUAUGUUGGCUGGACGUUACACGAUAAGCAAGGUGAAGUCCGGCUAAAGUGCCUGACGGCCCUGCAAGGCCUAUACUACAACAGAGACCUCAGUGCCCGACUGGAGCUCUUCACCAGUCGCUUCAAGGAUCGCAUUGUGUCUAUGACUUUGGACAAAGAAUAUGAUGUUGCAGUGCAAGCCAUUAAACUUUUAACACUUGUCUUGCAAAGCAGCGACGAGGUUCUGACUGCAGAGGAUUGUGAGAGUGUGUAUCAUCUGGUAUACUCGGCUCAUCGGCCCAUUGCUGUUUCAGCAGGAGAAUUUCUCUUUAAGAAGCUUUUCAGCCAUCGUGGUCCUGAGGAGGAAGGACGACCCAGGAGGGGCAGACAGAGUCUCAAUGGCAACCUUAUCAAGACUACUGUCUUUUUCUACUUGGAGAGUGAGCUCCAUGAACAUGGAGCCUACUUGGUGGACAGCCUGUGGGAUUGUGCGUCAGAGUUAUUGAAGGACUGGGAGACUAUGAUCAGCCUGCUGCUGGAUGAACCCAUGCCAGGGGAAGAGGCCCUGAGUGACCGCCAGGAGACGGCUUUAGUAGAAAUUAUGCUGUGUGCCAUUCGGCAGGCUUGUGAAUGUCACCCUCCAGUAGGCAGGGGCACUGGAAAGAGGGUUCUGACUGCAAAAGAGAAGAAAACACAGCUGGAUGACCGGACGAGGAUUACAGAAAUGUUUGCAGUAGCAUUACCUCUAUUACUGGCAAAGUACUGCGUCGAUAUUGAUAAGGUGACCAAUUUACUACAAAUUCCAAAGUACUUUGAUCUUGACAUCUAUACUACUGGUCGAUUAGAGAAGCAUUUGGAUUCAUUACUGCGGCAAAUUUGGGAGGUGGUGGAUAAGCACACUGACACAGAGGUCCUGGAAGCCAGCUCUACCACAUACCACUAUCUCUGCAACGAGGAGUUCACCAUCUUCAAUAGAGUGGAUGUUGCCCGCUCCCAACUUCUUGACGAGCUGGUAGACAAGUUCAAUACACUCCUGCAGGACUUUCUGCAAGAGGGUGAAGAACCGGAUGACGAUGAUGCCUAUCAGGUUCUCUCCACACUCAAGAGGAUUAGCGCUUUCCACAAUGCACAUGACCUCUCUAAGUGGGAUCUCUUUACCAGCAACUACAGGCUGCUCAACACUGGUCUGCAGAAUGGGGAUAUGCCUGAACAGAUUGUGAUUCACGCAAUGCAGUGCACACAUUAUAUCACCCUGUGGCAUCUAGCAAAAGUUUCAGAAGGCAGUUCUUUGAAGGGUGAUAUGGUGACCCUGAGAAAACAGAUGAGGGCUUUCUGCUUAAUGUGUCAUCGAUACCUAAAUAGCAUCAACACAGCAGUUAAAGAGCAGGCCUUCACAGUACUAUGUGACCUGCUGUUGAUCUUCAGUCACCAAAUUAUGUCUUCAGGCCGGGAACACCUGGAGCCUCUGGUCUAUAUGCCAGACUCUUCAUUGCAAGCAGAGCUACUACACUUCGUCCUGGAUCAAGUGUUUAUUGAUCAGGAUGAUGACAGCAACAGCACAGAUGGACAGCAAGAUGAUGAAGCCAGUAAAAUAGAGGCUCUACACAAGCGAAGAAACCUUCUCUCUGCCUAUUGUAAAUUAAUCAUUUACAAUGUUGUUGACAUGAAGACUGGCGCAGAUAUAUUUAAACAAUAUAUGAGGUAUUACAAUGAUUAUGGAGAUAUCAUCAAGGAAACUAUGAGUAAAACAAGACAAAUUGACAAAAUACAAUGUGCGAAGACACUCAUCUUGAGUCUACAAAAGUUAUUCAAUGAAAUGUUGUCUGAACAUGGUUGCAAUUGUGACCGGUCAUCAGCAACCUUCUGUGGCAUAAAGGAGCUUGCCCGGCGGUUCUCUUUGACUUUUGGUUUGGAUCAGCUGAAGACCAGGGAGGCUAUUGCCAUGUUGCAUAAGGAUGGAAUUGAGUUUGCUUUUAAAGAACCUAGUCCCCAAGGAGAUGGUAGUCCACCACUUAAUCUAGCCUUUUUAGACAUCCUGAGUGAGUUCUCUAGCAAACUUAUUCGACAGGACAAGAGAACAGUUCACAUGUACCUGGAACGAUUCAUGACAUUUCAGAUGGCUCUGCAGCGAGAGGACUGCUGGCUGCCUCUGAUCUCAUACAGGAACUCACUCCAGGCUGGGGGAGAUGAUGACAAUAUGUCUGUCAUCAGUGGAAUCAGCAGUCGAGGAUCCACCACCAGGAGUAAGAAGACCAAGUCAGCAAUUGCUGGCAAAAGAAAACUUCCAGAAGAAGAGAACAGCUGCAGCAGUGAUGCUGUAUGGAUGAAUCGUGAGCAGAACGUGCAGACACCAGUGAUGAUACCGUCACCUCAUCUUACCUCCACUGUUCUGAGGGAUCCAAAGAAAAUGAGGCCAGAGGACGACUAUACGGCCACAUACUCCAUGCCACCUGAGCAGCAUGCCCACCAACCGAUGCCUCCUCAGCAGCAGCCAUCACACCAUCACCAUCACCAGGCUGCUAUUGAUUACAAUACCCAGGUUACUUGGAUGUUGGCACAGAGGCAACAAGCAGAGGCCCGUCAGCAGCAAGAACGAAUCAGCAUGCAGUAUGCCAAAAUGAGGAACCAUAUGCACCAAGCCAUUCGCCGAGGAUCUGGUCUCAUGGAGGAUGACGAGGAGCCAAUAGUGGAGGAUGUAAUGAUGUCAUCAGAGGAUCGUUUGGAGGACAUUAAUGAGGGCAUGGACUUUGACACAAUGGACAUAGAUCUGCCGGCAUCAAAGAAUCGCAGAGAAAGAACUGAACUUAAAGCAGACUACUUUGAUCCAUCUUCCAUCAUGGAUGACUCGGUUCUCAAUGUUUCAAUGUUCUAAAUGGAAUUGGAAGCAUCAAGGACAAUCUGGCAUCAAAUCCUGAGAAGAUAAAAUGAUGGAUGACUUUUGUAGAUUUUUUUUAAUGGAGCAAAGUGGAUGGCUUUGAAUUGUGGGACACCAAUGCUUACCUCUUCAACACUUAACUUGGAGGAAGAACUUAAAUUUCAUUCUCUGACAGUUUCACACAUAAAAGACUUUCAUCACAUAUGGGGCGAUAUGCUUCUGCUUUUAUUCAGUUGCCUGAAAAUGCAACAACUCAUCUUACAAUAAACCUAUCCUAUUGUUGUUGUUAAUUUGAGAUUUGGAGUUCUUUCUUUAGUAGAAAGUGCCAGGGCAGAUACUUAAGCAUCAUCAACUAUGGGGGGGAAUAUAACACACUUAAAGUUAAAUUAAUAUUUUUUCCAAUCAGUAGUAAAAAUAUCUGUAAACAUUUAGUGGCCAAUACAUAAUUAAUGCUAGCUGAUAGAAUUCAGCAUAAUAGCCCUGCAACAAGUGAAACAUUUGAUUGUGUUCAACUUUUCUUGAUGUGUAUUAUAUUGCACUGUUUCAGGGAGAUGCUGACUCAGCUCUACAGUAGUUUUUGAGGCCAUAUUUUCUAAAACUUACCAUAUGCUCCACUCAACACCUCUGAACAGAAUUUGAACAUCAUUUGCUUAAUAACUGUAGCAUUUAUGGUGUUACAUUGUACAGGACAGGUGUUAAUGAUAUUGUGUCCGUUUACUUUUUAACAGUAGAUUUUGGCAUGGCAUGUAGCCAUCUAUCAAAACAUGUACACAGUAAGCUAUAAUGUGAACUGGCACCUCAUACUGUUAAAAGGCCUUGACACAAAUAAUAUAUGGCAUUCUCAGAACUCUCUGUGAUGGUAUUUUUUAGAAAUGUCUUCUGCUUUUAUACCUUAUAGAUGAUUUUGAUUUAUAGAUAUUUUGUAAUGACAAUCAGAUGUAAAUUAAUAGUUUUAUCACGUUAUUUCACAUAGAUGCUGAAAUAAUUCUUUGUAAUUGAAAUUAUGUUCCUAAAGAUACAGCCAUCUGUUUGUGUUUUCUUUGAGUUUAUCCAGAACUUAUGGGUGGCCAAAUGUUGGACAAAUUGAUGGUCGCAUUUAGUGAUGAACUUUGAAUGAGAAUGUGCAUUCACAAUGUCAUACAUAACAAAUUGACUCAACUUAAACCUGUAUCUCCCCUCUACCUUCACUAUUUUUCACUGGUGUAUACUAUCUUGUAUCAAAUAAUGCAGACAUGCCAUUAUUGCCAUCUUUAAAAGAAACAAUUUGAAACAAGUUUAAGCAGUCUUUUUUUUUUCAGUUUGCAAUUGUGCAGAGGGGUUUUUAAAACCAAUGUAUUUGUUGUAUCACUGUUGCGUGUACAAGACAUAUAGAAUUAUUCUAAAUUACUAAGUUUUAGAAGUCUUUAGGCAGCCAGUAUAGUGUCAGAAUUGUAUAUUGUAUGAUUACAAAUGUGUAAUAUAUUGUGAAUCGGUGCUCAUUUUAUAUUUGCAGUUUCUGUUUGGAUGAAGUUUUGGAGAAAGGUUAAAGGCAUAGAGUAUAUCUAUUGAAGUUAACCUACUAAUUUGCAAAAAAUAUAUAAAUAUACAGUAUAUACACAUUGUUUUGUUUGUCUUUGAAUGGGUUGUUGCGAUAUUUGUUUACGUCUGUGCAUUGAGCUAGUUGGCAGAUUCAGAGUUCAUAGGAAAAGGUGUAGCUGGAAACAACCCAGUUUUCUUGAAAUUUAAGUGUAAACCAGAGAAAAGGAUCACAUGGUUUUAAACGUUAUCAUACAUACUAAUUAUUAUUCAUGUUAAGCAGAUAAGAAAAAUACAUUUUAGAAUUGCUUGUAAAUGUACAUUAAUCAUUUCAUUUUGGAGUCGUUUCUGUUGAUGCAUUGAACUGCUGACAAUGUGCAUACAUCAGUAUGUUUACACAUAUUUAAGUAUUUGUGUAUAUUAAAUUUGUGUUUUUAUUCCAUUUGCAAAAGUGGCCAUUGCAUCCUUUAAAGUUCAUAUUUAUGCCUGAUGAUGUAACAUGAACGGAAUAAACCCCCUGCAAUUGUGUGACAAUUUUAAGUACAUGCUUGCUAAUCCAUGCUUCCAGGUCAAGUGUACACAUGAAUUUAAAUUUAAAAAGCUCUGAGACAUACCGCCUGAAUUUUGAUUGAAGUAUUUUGUGUAAUUUUGUAAAUGUUUCCUUUUUGAGCUCUGAUAAAUCAUGCAGUGAGCCUUUAAAGCA